AUGUUCCAUCUUUCUUUUUUCUUUUCUUCUUCUUCUUUUUUUUUCUUCUCCAUCUUUUCUGUAAAUGUUCCUUCUUUCUUUUUUUUCUUCUUCUUCUUCAAAUCUUCUUCUUUACCUCCAUCUUUAAAUCUUCUUCUUCUUCUUCUUUUUCUUUUUUUCUUCUUCUUCAAAUGUAAAUGUCCCCUUUUCUUCUUCUUCUUCUUUAUCUUCUUCUUUUUCUUCUUCUUCUUCAAAUCUUCUUCUUUUACCUCCAUCUUUAAAUGUUCCUUCUUUCUUUUUUCUUCUUCUUCUUCAAAUGUAAAUGUCCCCUUCUUCUUCUUCUUCUUCUUCUUCUUCUUCUUCUUCUGUAAAUGUUUCCUUUUCUUCUUUUUCCUAUCCGCCAUCUUUAAAUGUUCCAUCUUAGCUUCUUCUUUACCUCCAUCUUUAAAUGUUCCUUCUUUUUUUUUCUUCUUCUUCAAAUGUAAAUGUCCCCUCUUUCUUCUUCUUCUUCUUCUUUUCUUCUUCUGUAAAUGUUUCCUUUUCUUCUUUUUCCUAUCCGCCAUCUUUAAAUGUUCCAUCUUAGCUUCUUCUUUACCUCCAUCUUUAAAUGCUCCUUCUUUCUUUUUUCUUCUUCUUCUUCAAAUCCACUUCUUUACCUCCAUCUUUAAAUGUCCCCCUUCGUCUUCUUCUUUCUUUUCUUCUUUUCUGUAA